AUGCCUGCGGACGACACACCUCGCAACGACGAUAAUGGCACCGUAAACGGACGAGAGCGGCAACGGGGCUCGGUCCCUUCAUUCCUAUUCAUCAGCUUCGUCCUCUUCAUGCUCACGAACCACAGCGGCGACGAGUUUCUAGCUAGGCAUCAGUAUCAGGAUGCUCUUCGUUCUCUGUCAUACCAACUCUCCAACUUCACUGCGUGGAGGAACGGCACGGAGUCCGACUUCUCUCUCCCUGAUGUCGAUGUAACCGCCCAACCUCUUGUAGAUUUCUUCCUUCAUCAUGGCCAUCUGCAGGAUCCAAACCGGGCCUCUUACCAUCCAAACAUCACGGGCUUUCUCCGAGGAGAAGGAUCAGCCUAUAAUAUUACUCUACUCAGUCUAGCCGGGGAAACGGUACCUUGGAAGCCAUUGGCCGUCGAAUACACUUCUGAACUGAACAUCACCGAAGCUUCGGAGAGAGCGGGCUCUUGGAACUGGACUGCAUCGGAGAAGGUGGCAUUGAGCCUCGUCGAGAAGCCGACUGUAGAUCCUCAAACGGGUCAGAGAUUGAGCGACGAUGUGGCCCUCGCACACGGGAGGAUCGAAUUCACCGACAUCAACACGUCGGAUGAGCUAAGGCUGGAGUUCGAAGCAAUCCACUUCAUUACCAAUGGCUCCUUUUACGGCUUCGCGUUACCUAACGGACGGCAGAUCGACAUUCGUUUGUUGCCAUCGCUUGUCCCAGAGCCACACAAGAAUGCUACGGCAGACAUGAUCAAGCCUGAGAUUGAGGCUCGCAUCAAGAAACUACAACAGCUCAUCGACGACGGAAACAUUGUAGUUGACCCGGACGCCCCAAAUCCUGACGAAGGUAUCAAGACAAAUUGCUCAUUUACAUUCCAAGCCCAUCUUGUACCCUCAAAGGUUCCUCAAUAUCUUAUGACAGAGUUAGAGGAAGAAAUACAGAAACCUACAGGAGCGUCCACUGUUGAACCGCCUAGGAUUGCUGUCGAUGCCCUAUUUCUCUCUAAGGACUGUGGGAUACUCUACGAGAUUCAUGAAGCAGAGGGACUAAGGUCACGCACCUUCUUCCGCAAGGUCACCACCUACGCUGCGACAGCAGGGAUCGUAUAUCUUAUUCUCCUCUUCCUCCUCAUACGGCAAAUGGAGAUUAGCCGCACUCCGUCAGGAAUUGCGAGGGUUUCGCGGUGGACUCUACUCUUUCAAGCUACUAUGGAUUCUCUAUCCUUCGCUGGGCACAUUACAUUCGCCAUCUUAUUCGACGGCCGAGCGUCGCUUAGUUUGGUUGCACCCGCAUUCUUGGCUUGCACAUUGUUCAUUCACGAAGCUCAAUUUGCGAUCCUGGUAUAUCAAGUUCAGCUUCCGGAGGACUCUGUCCCUACAGUCCAACCCACGCCUAAUGUCAAUCCAUCCGCCGUUAUUAACCCACCUACCGAAGCGGCGCCAACGGCGAUCGUCCCUACGCCCCCCGUUGUUGGGCCGCAGCCGCAGCCAGCCACCGCUACCAACACCGCUGCCACUGAAACACCUGGUUUAUUGCUAUUCUGGCGGUUCAUCACCAGUGAUCCGCAGAUCAAAGUUUGGUUUGCCUUGUUCCUAUUUGUUAUCGUUCUCGUGAGGGUCAUAUUGUCGCCUGUGAUGGGGGUUUUAUAUGUUGCCUUCUCGUACUCGUCGAUAUGGAUGCCGCAGAUCAUCAGAUCCGCCCGUCGAGGUAGAGGUAGUGGGUUAAGCAAGGAAUAUUUGCUGGGAACCUCAGCGUGUAGGGUGUAUCUAAUGCUCUACUUCCUUGUGUGCCCAAAGAACGUUCUUGAAGUCCAGCCUCGACAAUGGACUUGGCUUCUUGCGAUGUUUGUGUUCGCGCAAGUAGGAGUAGUACUGCUUCAGGAUCGGUUUGGCCCAGAUUUCUUCCUCCCUGCACGGUUCAAACAGGUCAACGUGUAUGACUACCAUCCUGUAUUGCCUCUCCCUGAUGCGGAGGCUCCGGAGCAGUCUCUCGGCGACUGCGCCAUCUGCAUGGAUGCUAUCCUCAUUGAUUCGUCGUUGAGGCGAAGGUCGGAGGACAAACUUGAGCGCCAGAUGUCCUCCAGCAAGUCCAACGUGAAGGCUAGGACGUCGGGCUUUUUCAGCGCGAUGCAGAAGCGAAUGGUUGGUGGUGGGGCGACAGCGAGGAAGAGCUACAGUUUGGCACCGUGUCACCAUUUGUUUCACACGGAGUGUUUGGAGAAGUGGCUUGCCAUCAAAAACAUAUGUCCACAGUGUCGAAGACCUCUGCCGCCGCUAUGA